AUGUCUGCCCCCGCAUACUCGUCUACCCCUGGACAACAGCCCAACGCUAGGCCGAAGCUGACUCGAGAAGAACGCAAGAAACACACCCGCCCCCCUCUGCCCCCUCCCCAUGUCCUUGCGGCUCUAGUCCCCGACUCUCCCGCGUUCCUCGAGCUGAUGAAGGUAGAGCAAAAGCUGGAUUGGACGCUCAUGAGGAAGAAGGCGGAGGUCAACGAUGCCCUGGGAAAGCCUACGCGUGUCAAGAGAGCAUUACGCGUGUUUGUCUCCAACACGGCGCACGACCAAGAUUGGCAAAAGGAGCUCGACGCGGCUGCUGCUGGACUUGCACCUACCGGCGAAGCCAACGGGGAUGGCAUUGCAGGAUGGAUCCUGAAGAUUGAGGGACGGCUCCUGGAUUCUGGAAAUGUGAGACUGGACCGGACAAAACGCAAGUUUACAACCUUCCUGAAAUCCGCCAUCAUCGAGUUCGACAAUCGCGAAGCGCCCACCUACCCGGAAGGAAACAUUGUCGAAUGGCAUGCUACUGCCCAUCAGGGCCCUCCUCUAGACGGGUUCGAGAUCCUCCGUCGGGGUGACCAGAACGUGCCUUGUAGAAUCACGCUGCACGUUUCACACUACCCGGAGAGGUUCAAGGUGCUGGAACCUUUGAAGGGGCUGAUAGCUGUCCACGAAGCAACGAGGGCAGAGGUGUUGAGCGCGGUUUGGAAGCUUGUCAAGGUCACAGGAGCGCAGGACAAGGAUGAUGGGACCAUUGUGCGCCCGGUAGGCGGCCUGGAAAAGAUUUUCCCGCAAGGGCAAGAAAGUGUGGCAUUCCACCAAUUACCGGAACUCGCUUCGAGGUAUCUCGCGCACCCCGACCCUGUUGUAAUCCCCUAUACCAUCGAUGUUACAAAAGACUACAACUUUCAUCAGAAGUGUUUCGACAUUCCGCUCGAGAUGGAGGACCCUCUCAAGUCCAAGAUGGCAUCCAUGGUUAGCAGCUUCGAGGGACCAGAGGGAGCAGAAGUGAUGAAAAUGGAGGACAAGGUGGCCGAGUUGGCAUACUUUGUACGAGAGCUCAAGGAGAAGCGCGAUUUCUUGGAAUCUUUUGCCGCCAACCCUCAAUCCUUCAUCAAUUCCUACCUUGCUGCCCAAGCGCGUGAUCUCGAUCUCUCUCUCGGGUACCAGAUUGGUCAGGCUACGGCCAAUGGCGGGUCUGUCAGGGAAGAGGACUUGAGGAGGAGUGACCUGUUCCAGAUGCCUUGGGUGGAUGAGGCUGUGGGGGUCGUGGAAGGGGGAAGGAUGGAGGCGGAGAGGAGGGCGGUCGGGUAUGGGAGAUAG